AGCUAAUAGGAUGUUUCACACUAACUGUCUGCUGCGGGUUUCGUCUUUGCUCCGGGCGGCGCGCUGCCUGAUGCCGAAACGACACGCUGCUCCUAAAACUGUUACAUGUUCACAUCGCUGCAUGUCAACAUUUCACAAAAAGGACACUAGACACAGGGAUGCGAACUUUGGAGGAGCAGAUUACCGCACCGAUAAGGUCUUCUCGUCGAGGAGUUAUUCCACAAGCGAAGCUAAACUUAACUGCUGGAACUGUAAACAACUUCUUGACAGAACUCCUUCUUUCUUUUGCGACUCAUGCAAAGCAAUCCAACCCCCCGAGGAAGGGGCGUCCUACUUCAAAAUCCUGGACUGUGACUAUACUUUCACACUGGACACACAUAAGCUCCAGAAAAGAUACUUGCAGCUUCAGCGGACUCUUCAUCCAGACAACUUCAGCCAGAAAUCUGUGAAAGAACAGGAGUAUUCAGAAAGCCAGUCUGCCCUCGUGAGCAAAGCAUACAAGACAUUGCUGAAGCCGUUGAGUCGUGGUCUUUAUAUGCUGGAGCUUGAGGGCAUGCAUCUGAAGGAGGGUACUGACUCUGUAGCUGAGUCACACUUCCUAAUGGAGUUGAUGGAGAUCAAUGAAGCCCUGGAGGAAGCCCAGACUCCAGAAGAAGUCAAUAAGAUCGGCCAAGACACAAAAGGGAAACUCGCAGACUUGACGGAGCUGAUAGAUGCUGCCCUUCAUGAAGGGAAGCUUGACAUAGCCAAGGAACUGCUGACAGAAAUGAAAUACUAUGCAAACAUUGAAGAAAAGGUCAAGGCAAAACUUUCAGAAUUUAUGUAAUGUUUUCCCUCUAUUUGAUGUUUAAUAAUCUCUUUUAAAGCUUUGUUUUAAACUGCAUAAAAUAUUGCAUAUUAAUGGCAUUAUAUUAUUUUAUGUUUCCAGAGGUAGAAUAAAAGUGAAUUGUA